CAUUGUACAAACCUGAAUAAUUAACAUUGCCAGAUGAGAUGAGAUGAGUUCAAUAUCUUUCGUUUUUUGAUAUAAAUAGGCUUCCACAACGAAGAAGGAUUAUCAGUUAUUGUUUGAAUUCAACUGUAAACGAUUUCUACUGCCAAUAUGAAAUUUACUAUUGUACUUGUGGCUUGCCUCCUGGCCGUCGCCUUUGCUGAUGAUCAUGACCACCACGAACAUCAUGAGGAACAUCACGAUGAUCAUCAUCAUGAGGAACAUCACGAUGACCAUCAUCAUGAGGAACAUCACGAUGAUCAUCAUGACCACCAUGAACACCAUCAUGCCGACAUCGUCAAGGAGUAUCAUGAACACAAUCCCAAGGAUUACAAAUAUUCCGUUGAACAGAGCGAUCAUGUCCACGUUGAACAUGAGGGACAUUUGGCCGAUGAGCACACUUGGAUUGUCAAGGGCGAAUAUGAGUAUCUUGACAAACAUGGUAAACCUGUCAAGGUUACCUACACCGCUGACGAAUAUGGUUACCAUCCAAAAAUUCACCAAUAGAUAAUUACAUAUUUUGCAAUGCUACAGAUCGAUCGAAUCUUCUAAUUUGUUUGUUAACAUUUAAGAGUGCAGUAGAAUUCAAUAAAGGUAUUGCCUCAUAGCUGAACACAAA